CCCCGGAGAGACAGACGAGGAAACAACGCCACACACUGACACUACUACGCAACGUUACAUUGAAACCUGUGAUAAUGUCUCCGUGCAUGUGUGCCCACAAUUUCAUUCCUUGAGGCUCAACAUUUCUAACCCACACGGACAUUUGGUUAAAAAGGAGACGUAUUACAGACGACGGUACUAGCCUUGCCUUUCCAGCCUGCCAACUGAGAAGACUUUCCACCCCUUGCCCUUGAUUGCUUUAUCAAAUGCCCAAAAACAGCAAGGCCGUCAAGAGAGAGCUUGACGACGAUGUCACAGAGUCUGCCAGAGACCUGCUUUCCAACGAGGACGCCUGCGAUGAUUCCUUCAAGAAGAGCUCGCUGAUCGUCAACAACCUCAAUGGGGAAGGGAAAGACUGCGACGUGGAGGAAGGUGGUUCAGAUGGAGAGGAGGAGGAGCGGCCAGCCUGGAACAGUAAACUCCAGUACAUCCUGGCCCAGGUUGGCUUCUCUGUAGGCCUGGGAAACGUCUGGAGGUUCCCCUACCUGUGCCAGAAGAACGGAGGGGGGGCGUACCUGGUGCCCUAUCUCAUCCUGCUGAUAUUGAUUGGCAUUCCACUGUUCUUCCUGGAGCUCGCUGUGGGACAACGGAUCCGCAGGGGCAGCAUUGGGGUGUGGAACUACAUCAGCCCUCGGCUGGGGGGCAUCGGUUUCGCCAGCUGCGUGGUGUGCUUCUUUGUGGCUCUCUACUACAAUGUCAUCAUCAGCUGGAGUCUCUUCUACUUAUCCCAGUCCUUCCAGCAACCUCUGCCAUGGCACGAGUGUCCACUUAUCAAGAACAAGACCAGUCCAUACGUGGUGCUGGAGUGUGCCAAGAGCUCGGCCACCACCUACUAUUGGUACCGCAAGGCCUUGGAUAUCUCCGACAGCAUCUCUGAUAGUGGAGGACUCAACUGGAAAAUGACUCUGUGCCUGCUGGCUGCCUGGUCCAUGGUUUGCCUCACCAUGAUCAAGGGAAUCCAGUCUUCUGGGAAGGUGAUGUACUUCAGCUCCCUGUUCCCGUAUGUCGUGUUGAUUUGCUUCUUGGUUCGGGCUCUGCUCCUGAAGGGCUCCAUUGACGGAAUCCGCCACAUGUUCACACCCAAGUUGGAGAUCAUGCUGGAACCUAAGGUGUGGCGAGAAGCAGCCACACAGGUCUUCUUCGCUCUGGGUCUCGGCUUUGGCGGCGUCAUUGCGUUCUCCAGCUACAACAAGCGGGACAACAACUGCCACUUUGACGCCGUCUUGGUGUCUUUUAUUAACUUCUUCACCUCAGUGCUGGCCACUUUGGUGGUAUUUGCUGUGCUGGGCUUCAAAGCCAACAUCAUGAUCGGCGAUUGUGUCCAAAAGAAUACCCUUAAGAUUGUGGCUUUGUUGGCUAAUGGCACCUUGGAAAACAGCCUGAUCCCCCACCACAUCAACCUGACUCAGGUUAAUAACGUUACUGCUGAGGACUACCAUCACAUGAUCAACAUCAUCAAUGAGGUCGGGUACCACAACCUGGGACUGGAUAACUGCAGCAUUGAGGUCGAGCUUAAUAAGUCAGUCCAAGGCACAGGUUUGGCCUUCAUUGCCUUCACAGAGGCCAUGACCCACUUCCCAGCCUCGCCUUUCUGGUCCGUCAUGUUCUUCCUCAUGCUGGUUAACCUUGGCCUUGGCAGCAUGUUCGGCACCAUGGAGGGCAUACUCACUCCGCUGAUAGACACCUUCAAAGUCCGCAAGGAGUUUCUUACAGUGGGGUGCUGUGUGUUGACUUUCUCCAUCGGUCUGCUGUUUGUUCAGCGCUCAGGGAACUACUUCGUAACCAUGUUCGACGACUACUCGGCCACUUUGCCUCUGCUCAUAGUGGUCAUUCUAGAGAAUGUGGCAAUUGCUUGGUUUUAUGGGAUUGACAAAUUCUUUGAAGACCUAAAGGACAUGUUGGGCUUUACACCCUACCGUUUCUACUACUACAUGUGGAAGUACAUCACACCCAUCCUGCUGCUGGUCCUGCUGUGCUCCAGCUUGAUCCAGCUGACCCUGACGCCACCCAGCUACAGUGCUUGGAUAGAGAAGGAGGCCCAAGAGCAGAAGGUGAACUUCCCUCUGUGGGGCAUCGUUGUCUGCAUCUCCCUGGUGGUGAUGGCCAUCAUGCCUGUGCCGGUCGUCUUCUGCCUGCGCUACUUCAACGUCAUUGACGAGAACACCAGCGGCUUCUCCACGGUUUCCUACAAGAAGGGCCAUAUCAUCAAGGAGAGCGCCCGUCCGGGUGAGGAUGACGAUGCUAGCCUGAUCCACGGCAAGUCCCCCAGUGAGGCACCUUCACCAAUGCCUGGCAACAGUAUCUACCGCAAGCAGAUCGGCGGUGGACCCGAUGCAGACACCGCACCCAACGGCCGUUAUGGUAUUGGUUACUUGAUGACCGACAUGCCGGAUACACCCGAGUCAGACUUGUAAACUGACUGUAACAGUUCGUUCUCUCUGGCUAUACCGGCUGGCCCCUCCCUGUUCCACCCCUCUGCGUGCGUUUAGUUGGCUGUAUCAUCAAUGGAUAUUUCACCUGUAUUGUAGAUAUCGUAGCUGCUCUCCCUUUGUUGUCUCUGAACCUUGUAGGAUUGUCUACUUUAAAACAGAUAGUUCAGGUUUUUUCAAGUGGAGUUGUGUGAGGAACUGACACAGGCUACCAUACCCUUAGUAUGGUUCAUUUGGAUCGGUGCAAAUGUGGUCCAAGACCUCUGAUGUGGACCAAGCAAUUGAACUCUGGUCUGCUUGAAAGAGGUUGUCUCGUAGUAUUAAUGGCUACAGCCUCAGUGUUCUCAUCCAAAACCCUAACCCGUUAGGAAGAGGGGAGAACCAUCCUAUUGCCCGCUGAUUCUUACCCGUGGGCAGUAGGAUGAGGAUGAGGGUAACAUCUGCGGCUCAGGACCCUCCUGUCUACAGGGCAGGAAACAGCAGCAGGCACUCCAGGCUUAGAAUGCUAGCUAGAACUAAAUGCAUAAGUUUACCUAAGAAGGGAGAAGAAUUGGCACCUCACAGACCUGGACGAUAGACGCCGUUUAACGGCAUAUAUCCUCUGCCUCUGUUCUGACUUUAUAGUGGUUCUCUCCACUCCUCACUGGGGAAUAUGGAUGAGAACACUUAGGCUAUAGCCGCUCCACCACACGCCUUCAGGUGGUGCUGCGCAUCACCAGAGCAGCACGGCACAACCUAGAGUCUACAUACAGUAUCUGACCUGAGCAGUAUUUUUGAUCACCUGACAAUUUAUGGUGCGUUGUUAGAUUUCCCCAUGUGAACGUGAACCCAACCAGCUGAAAAAUAAACAAAGUAUCAAAUUUAGGACUGAAACUCACGAGUAUUUACAUAGUCGAUCAUAAUCUCGAUUAAUCGAGUAAUUGUUUGGUCCAGAAAAUGCAGAUUGUCGUUUCUCAAACCUGGUGAACACGAUGACGUUUGCAAAUGUCUUGUUUUGCCCACAAACCAAAAUGAUUAAGUUUUAAUGAUGUCUUCAUUAUAUGGAGCAAAGAAAGCAGAUAAUAUUCACUAGAAACUUGUUUCGAUAAUGGAAAAAACACUCAAAUCGAACACAAAAUCAAAAGAGUACGAACAGACGAUUCAUUUAGUAAUGAAGUGAUUAAUAAUAGAUUAAUCGAGUAACUGUUUCAGGUGUAAUCAAAUUUCAGGUGCAGACCAACAAAACGAAUGGUCUCCAAACAUAGCUGCCAGGGGUAACACAAGGAGAAUGGAUGUUAGCCAUUUAACAAAACGUCUAUAAAAAAAUCUACACCUGCUCAAGUCUACAAUAUCUUGAUGUUCACUGAUGCCCAAUGGUGAGACAAAGGGGCAAGUGUAAUAUAACGUAGACCUGAGCAGGCGGAGGUUACACGAGGUGAACCUUCAGCUAAGGGACUGAAAUGUGUUUUUCGUUGUGUCCCUGUGAGCAAGCCUCCGUGUCCCAAGCAGGUUCUUGUGCGAGUACCUCAUAUAACGACACUUACAAAGCCUGAACUACCCCUUUCAAAAAGGUUUGGGAUUAAACAUUGUCCCUGUGUGUUGGCUGUGUCCCAAACUCAUCUCCGUCUCCUGCUCCCCUCAGAUUUCCCCACCCCACCCCCCACACACACACACACACACACUCACUCUUUGAAGCAUUGGCAGGAGGGAAACGUUGGGUGUCAGACGUUCCACCGUUUGUACUUUAAUAAGGAUCUGCAAAGGAGCAGGUCAGAGGGUCAGGUCAUUUUGGGACCGUGUCUAUGGGCAGUGUGUAAGUCCUGGAGUAAAGCCACAGCUGGAAACCACUCCCAUGAUUGUUUGAGUGUGCCUACGUCAUUUAUAUUUGUUUAUAGAAUACAUGAUGGACUCUGUAUAUUUAAGGUAUUCUGUAAAUAUAAUAUAAAUAUUAUAAAUAUAUUUAUCUUGAUAGUUUGGAUAACGGAGCACCGUGUUUUUAAAAAGGUUCAGAUGUACAUCAAACUCUCCUUAACUCUCCUUUCUGUUUGUUUUUUUUUACUAAUGUGCUGUUGAUGUUUGUGAGGACUAAGUCCUCCUCUGUGUAAAUAAUUUUUUUCCAUGAAAUGGCUUCAAAUGCAAUGUCUUUUUCCCACCCCUGUCAAAAUUAAAGAUCAAAUAUGGUCUAUGCCGUGAAACAAA